CCCCCACCCCCCUGCGCGCCUUCCCUUGUCGUUCGUUCGUUGCGCGCCUCCAACGUCGCACGCCACGGCCACCUACUACCCGCGACGACCGGACCGGGGGUAGCAGCAGCCAGCACCAAUGGAGGCGGCCGCGGGACUCGCGAUGCAGUCGCGGGCGGUCGGGCCCGGGCCCGGGCGCCGGAGCGGGGCUCUCGGCGGGGCCGGGCCGGCGCGGGCGGCGAGCCUGCGCGUUGGAGGCCCGGCCGCGGCGGCGCCGGCACUGCGGGCUCGCGCGGCCAGGCCCGUCGCCCCGCUCUGCUGCGUCCAGACAUCGAGAGGUCAUCAGAGCUUGCAUAACUCAGUUGACGAAGCCCUCUUGUUAAAGAGGAAAGCAGAAGAAGUUCAGUUCGAAUUGAAUGGGCGGUGUAUUUACCUUGUUGGAAUGAUGGGCUCCGGAAAGAGCACGGUGGGCAAGAUAUUAGCUGAAGUCUUGGGUUAUUCAUACUUUGACAGUGAUAGUUUGGUAGAACAGGCAGUCGGAAUGCCUUCCGUUGCUCAAAUAUUCAAGGUUCAUAGUGAAGCAUUUUUCAGAGACAGUGAGAGUAGUGUAUUGAGAGAUCUAUCCUCAAUGCAUCGACUAGUUGUUGCUACUGGAGGCGGUGCUGUCAUUCGACCAGUUAACUGGAGAUAUAUGAAGAAAGGUCUGUCUAUCAUGUUGGAUGUGCCUUUGGAUGCACUUGCGAAGCGCAUUGCACAAGUUGGGACUGCUUCUCGGCCCCUUCUAGAUCAGCCAUCUGCUGAUCCAUACACAGCGGCUUUCACGAAACUCAGCGUGCUCGCUGAGCAAAGAGGGGAUGCUUAUGCAAACGCCGAUGUAAGGGUUUCUCUUGAAGAGCUUGCAGCUAAAAAGGGCCAUGAUGAUGUCUCUCAGCUAACCCCAACUGAUAUUGCUGUCGAGGCCCUGCAAAAGAUUAAGAAUUUUGUCACUGAGCAUUCCAUGGCCAGUGGCCCAUUCGACGACUUAUAAAUUGGUGCCAGGAGACGAACGAUGCAAUCCUUGUAGGAUUUCGGCCCAAUUUUGUUUGUACCGUGUAUCUUCAUUUUUGUAUCGCUCAACAUUAUUGAUUCAUUCUUUAUACUGAAAAAGGAGCUGUGCUGAAGCAUGCUCUGAAACAAUAAAAAAAUAGCGGAUUGAGCUAAUGUUAAGAGCUCCAUGGUUA